UUUAAUGAAAUAUUCUACAUAUUUAUUAACAAACUAAAAAAUCCAAAUGCUCUAUUUAGAGGAUUAUAUUGAGCUUAUCGAACAUUUACCCGAUGAACUAAGAGACAGAUUAACCGAAAUGCGGGAAAUGGACUUGCAGGUUCAAAACAGUAUGGACUCUCUUGAUCACAAAGUGGAAAACUUUUUUUCCCAUGCUAAAAGAAUGAAAUCUGAGGAUAGGGAAAAAGAUUAUGACAAAAUGCAAGGUGAAUUCAAGAAAGUCUAUGAAGAGGCUGAUGAAAAGUCUCAGUUGUCAGAGAAAAUAUACCAACUCUUCUCUAAACACUUAAAAAAAUUGGACCAAGAGCUUAACAAAUUUAAACUAGAACUUGAAGCUGAUAACUCAGGCAUAACUGAAAUUCUGGAAAAGCGUUCUUUAGAUAUGGACACGAUUAACACUCCUACUUAUAAUAAUCCACAUUCUCUCUCUACCCAUUCCUCUCGUUCUGCUGUCAAUGGCAGAAAUAAUAACUCCAUUGUUUCCAAUCUCAUGUCCAAUGCCCGACGUCUAAAUAGAAAAUAUGCCUCACAUUUUGGUGCUUCUAACAGGUAUAAUAAAGGUUCCUCGUUAAGUAAUAAUUCUCAACAUCUUCACAGUACAAACGUGAGAAAUAUCAGAAAAGAAUCUAGAGUUAACUAUGGUUAUAGUCUGAAAAAUGAAAAUACUCGCUCAAACAAUCAAAUUGAAAGGAACAAUUUUGCCCUCAAUCGCAAUAGUUUGUUUGACAGCGAAAUAGGUUCAUCACAAUCUUCACAAAUCUAUCGCCGAGGAACGCACAAAUUCUUGAAAUCCUCUUCAAAUAAAAAUAUGAUCCGUGAAACCAUACCCUCUUCUCCAUCACUCUCAUCAAAUUUAAGGGAUUACACUGAUCGUUAUCAUGAAAAACAUACCCGGCACCCCUCUACCAACUUGCAACAUUCACAAGCUUUCCAAAAUUAUAACAAUCAAUUGCAACAUAACGAGAAUACGAACGUUGAGCAAGAAGAUUUUGAAGAAGAAAACGAAGAGUUCGAAGAAGAGCUAGAAGAUGAGGAUGACCCAGACGAGCCUCGUUAUUGCACCUGCAAUCAAGUGUCCUAUGGGGAAAUGGUCGCCUGUGAUAAUAAUUCCUGCCCAUACGAAUGGUUUCAUUAUGCUUGUGUAGGCGUAACUCAGCCCCCGAAGGGAAAAUGGUACUGUCCCGAAUGUUCUAUUUCAGCAGCCUUCUAAAUAUUUUACAUUAUUAUUUGUAUUAUAAUUUAAUCUUAUAAGCCUGUUUUAUUAAUUUUUAUUGUUAAUGUAAUUGAUUAAUAUGUUAAGAAUGUAAGCAAUACAUAGAUCGAAAUCUAUAAUAACUAAAACAUUUUUUUA